AUGGAUGCUUCAACCGGAGGAGGAGCUGGAGCUCCUUUGUCGCUAGUGACGUCUGAUGAUGGACUUUUCGCCACCCACCUCAGUGGAAAAGAUCUGGUUGUCUACUCAAGCACCACUUCAGAGCACAAAGAUGUGCAAACAGCAAGAAUCAAGGAAACCAACGUCAAAUCUCUCAAAUUCUGCCCCUCGGUAUCUUCAAAUAACAAUCAGAGUCGUCAUUUGCUCAUCACAAAUGAAUCGCGCAUCUCGGUCUGGCUCUUGGAACCCUUGCAAUUAAUCGCCGAAAUUGAAAAUAUCGAACCCGGCAGUUUGAAUGUCGAAUUCGGCGGAGAUGAAAAUGAGCUACUGGUUUUUCAUGCCUGGAAUAACAAAAUGGCAAUACACUCAAUAGGCAAUGGUCGAAGUUCCGUGAUAAAGACGCCCAAGUUCCCUCAUUCGCUUGGAUUCGGGUACCGCCCACGCACUAGACAGCACUUUGCCAUCAUCCUGAAGCCUGAUGCUUCCGAUUUAAUCACGAUUCACGAGCUACCAUCCUACAAUCUCCUGAAUCGUACGGUUCUGCCGACCAUCGAUGCCCAAGGGUUAAAAUGGAGUCCAGAUGGGAAAUGGAUCGCAGUGUGGGACGUCGCCAGCUCUGGCACCAAGGUGCUAAUAUUAACGGCAGACGGUCAGAUCUUCAGAACAUACAGCGGGCCAGCGGGCGUGGAUGAUGCAUUUGACCUUGGCGUGAAGAAUAUUGAAUGGAGCCCUACAGCUGGCAACAGUAGCGUUUCGGAGACUCUCGCUGUAGGAAAGGUUAACGGCAACAUCGACCUUCUACGGACUCGCACGUUCUCAUCUUCAACUACACUCUCACAUGUCUUUCCAAUGGACACAAGCCCCCCUAGCAUCUGGCGUGAGCGAUAUACAACCGCCAUGGGAGAUGCUGAAUACGCCGAAGCAACAAGCUCUUCGGCCUUCAACAUGAGCCCCGAGUCGCCCGGUCCAUCCCGAGGCGUAGCUAUCAUGACGUUCAGUCCAGAUGGUACACUUCUGGCAACUGUGGAUACUAUUCGAUCAAACGUGGUCUGGAUUUGGGCUUUGGACGGGACGCCUAGGUUGGCUUCUGUCCUGGUUCAUGAGAAUGCCGUGCGACAGCUCGUCUGGCACCCUUCCACGCCACAACUACUCAUCAAUGCCGUCGCCAAUAAUCUACCCGUGGUGCGAUGGUGGUCUCCUCAAAGUCAUCCCGUGAUUGCUCGGGUUCCUACUCAGAAGAGCGAGAGUGGGAAAUAUGAAGUUAAAUGGUUGAUCGGGUCGGAUCAUGAUUCGGCGUUUUGGUUUGGCUCAUCGGAAGAGUAUCUGGUAGGAUAUCUGUCUGCCGAUGAAACAUCUGUUCAAUUUGAAGUAUUGAACUCCGUGACCAAUCGAGGCUACCCUGCUGCAAGUGCAAGUCGUUGA